AUGGCUCUCCAGAUUACAGUUGUACAGGCGCGAGACCUGCCGGUUGCUGACGCUACGGGCAAGACCGACCCGUAUGUUGAACUGUACGUCAACGGUGUCUCCCACAAGACCAAGACUAUUAAGAAGACCCUGACUCCCUACUGGGGUGAGACCUUCACAUUCUACCCGAGCAGCUUCAACCCCAGCACCGACUCGAUCCGGGUCGACGUCUACGACUGGGACCGCUUCUCCAACAACGACCUCCUCACUCGCAACCUGCUCCCCAUCGCCAAGUACGCCUCUGCCGGCACCGUCGAGGAGUGGGUCCCGCUCAACUCCGUCAAGGGCGGUUCCAGUGCCGCCCUGCAGAUCAAGGUGAUCUUUGGUGAUGGCCGGCCAAAGGUGGCCGCUCCCCAGCAGAUGCCACCGCAGCAGCAAGGCUUCCCGCCUCAGCAGCAGCAGGCCUAUGGCGGCUUCCCACCCCAGCAACAGCAGGCCUACGGAUAUCCGCCCCAGCAGCAGGCCUACGGCUACCCUCCCCAGCAGCAGCCCGGCGGCUUCCCGCCCCAGCAACAGGCCUACGGUGGCUAUCCGCCCCAGCAACAGGCCUACGGCGGCUAUCCGCCCCAGCAGCACCCGACCGGCGGCUUUCCUCCUCAGCAGCACCCGGCCGGCGGCUUCCCGCCCCAGCAACAGGGCUAUCCCUCCACGCAGGGCGGCAUGCCCCUGCAGCAGCAGCAGCAGGCCUACGGUGGCUUCCCCCAGGGCGGCAUGCCGCCUCAGCAGCAGCGCCCGACCGCUGGCUUCCCGCAGGGCGGCAUGCCGCCUCCGCAGGCGGGCUACGGCCUCCCGCCCCAGGGCUUCGCACCUCCGCAGCAGGGAUAUCCCACGCAACAGCCCGGUGGCUAUCCACAGCAGCCACCCAGGCCCUACUGA